AUGUACCGUCGCACACUACUGCGUCUGAGCAACCCCCGGGCGCUCGCGCCCCGGCUCGCCACCGGCCCCAGCGCCAGGCUUUUCCACGCGUCCACGCGCCUGCUCGACGAGCUCAAGGAUCCCUACGCGACCCUGGGUGUCAGCAAGUCCGCUAGCGGGUCCGAGAUCAAAAAAGCCUACUACAAGCUCGCCAAGAAGUACCACCCCGACAUCAACAAGGCCGAGGACGCCCAGAAAAAGUUCCACGACCUGCAAAACGCCUACGAAAUCCUCUCGGAUGACUCCAAGCGCCAGCAGUGGGACCAGUUCGGGCCCGCGGCCUUCUCGCAGGGCGGUGCCGGCGCGCCCGGCGGCGGCGCUGGCGGCGCCGGUGCUGAGGGCUUCGGCGGCUUUGGCGGCUUCGGAGGCGCGGGCUUCGGCGGCAUCAACUUCGAAGACCUCUUCGGCGCGGCGUUCGGCGGCGGCGCGGGCGCCGGCGGCGCCGGCGCGCGCUCCCGCGGCUCCAUGUUCCGCGAGUACCAAGGCAGCCCCAUCGAGCUCACGCAUCGCAUCUCCUUCAAGGACUCCGUGUUCGGCACCAAGAACGUGAACCUCAAGUUCAGCGCCUACGACCCCUGCGGCACCUGCGACGGCUCCGGCCUCAAGCCCGGCGCCUCCAGGACCACCUGCCCCGGCUGCUCCGGCACGGGCACCCGCGUGCACAUUCGCGCCGGCUUCCAGAUGGCCUCCACCUGCAACCAGUGCGGCGGCGAGGGCUCUGUCGUGCGCGACUCUGACACCUGCGCCACCUGCCACGGCGAGGGCGCCAGCCUGAACAAGGACCACGCGAUCAAGGUCGACCUGCCCCACGGCCUACAGGACGGCGACGUGAUCCGCAUCUCGGGCCAGGGCUCGUACCCUAACAUCGCCGUGGAUCCAGCCAUGAAGGACACCGUGCGUCUCUCGAGAGGCGACGUGCUGCUGCGCAUCCGCGUCGACAAGGACCCGCGCUUCCAAAUCAAGAACAAAUACGACAUCUGGCUCACUCAGGACAUCCCCAUCACCACUGCGGCCCUGGGCGGCAUCGUCACGGUCCCCACCGUGGACGGCGAGCAGGUCAGGCUCAAGGUCGCGCCGGGGACACAGCACAACGACGUCGUGUCGAUCUCCCAAAAGGGUGUGCCCAGGGGCGCCUUCGGCUCUCGUGGAGACAUGAAGGUCCAGUACAAGAUCUCCAUCAAGAAACCCCAGUCGCAAGCCGAACGGUGUCUCUGGGAGGCGCUUGCCGAUGUAACCGGCGAUACCCUCGCCAGGAGAUCGGUUCUGUCGUCGCAGCCGCAGCAGUCUUCGCACACUGACAACCCUGAUGCACCCGGCGCCCUUGGCAAACUCGAAAACUUUAUUUCGAACACCUUCAAGAAGAUCAAGGGCGAUAAGAAGUGA